CCCAACAACAAGACAUUCUUCUUGCAGUACAAGUGUUGUUGUAGACUGCUUGUCAGCCGUUUUUUUGUUAAAUUGUGUUAGUGAAAUACAUAUUAUAAACGAACUUCAUCAUGAUUUCCGGCUUAAAAUUAUGAGACCUUUGAGGCGACAGGACUAGCAAGCGUGUUCUCAAAAGGCCGUGCAAAACGCAGAACUGCCACUAGCUGCUAAUGGUUUUGUAUCACUUUCACUUCAAAUGUCAAAUGAUAAUACUAGUCAGUAUACUGAACCGUCCUAUGGCGGCGAUGUAGAUGAACCGUCCGCGAAAAAGUCUUUUGAUGAAGCCGGAAACCUUAGCUCUUGUUUAAGUGUUCACAGGCCAUUGACUGAACGGAGUUUAAAAGAAAGUGUCCACGGGUGGCGUGGUGUUCAGAACAGCCGGACUUCCCCAAGUGAGGUGGCCAAUAUUCCGACUCAGCUGCCUGUCAACGCUGUCAGUGAUGCCACAGCAGAUAGAAAUGGACAAGCCAUCCACAAGAAAGAGACACUGCUUAAAGGUGUUGGCUUUACCAGCACCUCCUUCAUUGGCCCUCUUUGUCAUCAAGGGAUUAAACCAAAAACGAAUAUUGAGGAUGAACUGGACCAUUUCUACAAAGAGCUUGAACAUAUUGAACCAAAAGAUGUAGACAAACCUGAUGACUGUAAUGCAGACAGAAGCACGCUGGCAAAAAAACAGCAAUACCCUGUUCCACAACAACAAAUCCAGCCUGACCUCAGCCAGCCUAUGAGGCACCCUGGACCUCAUACAGACCAGUUGUCUCAAAAUCUUACACAGAACUUCAGACAUUUGCCACCUUACUAUCAGUGCUGGGAUGUUUCAUACUUACCUGCCUUGCAAGGGUCUGAUCGCCCAAUCAUCGGUUUUGGAACAAGAUCUCAAAGACCCCUGUAUCGAUUUCCUUCACCAUUCUUACCACCACCACUAAGAAUACCACCAUAUCCUCUUGGAGAUGGAUCAAGGGCCAACAUCUGGUGUCCAAAUCAAGAAAGUUUUCAGUGGGGAAAUGUGCCAUUGCAAUCAGGUCAUACAUAUCAGCGUGACCGUAUCAACCAUGCUUAUUAUCAAGACCAUUACGAGUUAAUUCCAAAUGACUUUGGUUGUAAUGAACCCCACAACAGUAACCCAGAUUGCUCCCAACCCUAUAGACAAACUAGCUUUUUACAGACGAAUUCAGAAGAAUUUAAGCUUUAUCAACAAGCUCACACCCAUCCUGGUCAAAUAGUUGAUCCAGGCUCUUUGAAGUUAAUAUUGAUGAGGGGAGCUCCAGGUUCAGGGAAAUCCACACUGGCCAGGGAGCUAUUGUCGUCUUGUCCCCAUGGACUGAUCCUAAGCACUGAUGACUACUUUCUUCAAGAAGACCAUUAUGUUUAUGACGCACGCCUACUGGGAGAUGCACAUCAUUGGAACCAAAGUCGAACUCGAGAGGCAUUACGUGAUUACUGCUCACCAAUUAUUAUUGAUAACACAAACAUGCAAGCCUGGGAAAUGAAACCAUACGUGCAAAUGGCUGUAGAGAGAGGAUAUAUUGUGUGUUUCUGUGAGCCUAACACUAGUUGGAAAUAUGAGCCGUCUGAAUUAGAGAGGAGGAACAAGCAUGGUGUCCCAAAACAGAAGAUAGAAAAGAUACUGGAACGAUUUGAACAGCCCAUGACUGUGGAUAUUGUGCUAAACUCUCAGGAACCUCCUCGUCAGAGCACUGUACAUGCUUUUAAACAAGGACGGAAGAGGCAGUAUGAGUGUUUUUAGUAGAUGAACUUUAACACUAGUAGCCUAAUAAUAAUAAUUUUAGAUACCGGUUGUUAAAUUGACUGUGACAUUUUAUUAAACAACUCAGGGAAUUCGUCAUUCAGUGAUUCUAUGUCUUCAUUGUUUUACUUUGUAGAAUAGAAUCUAUUCUAUUCUAUUCUAUUUCUUCAUUGUUUCACUUUUUAAUGUGAAAUGUUUUGCCACCAUAAUGAAAUACAAUAAAUAUUUUUUUUAUUUUCGA